CAUUUCGCUCCGAAGCAUCGAUGGCCACCACAGAGUCAAUACCUCCAGAAGCAGAACCCGAAAGUCACCUUUCUUCUCUCAUCUAUGACUUAUCAAAUGAAGUCCAAGAGAUCAUGGAGAACAUGUUUAAGGCGAUCACUGAAAUCAAUCAAAACUCUUCAGUGAUAGAGGAGGAGAUGGAGAAAUGUAAAGGUUCUGCUCUUGAGAGGAAAAGAGCCUUAGAUGAAGAGAGGGAUAACUUUCAAAAAGCUGCUUAUGCUGUUCUUGACAUGCUCAACAGAGAGUAAAACGCUCCACGGUAUUAUUCUACAUAUUUCAUUUCUAUAUAUUGCAUUCAUAUAAAUCUUGUUUGGUUAAGAAGAUUGUCACCUGAAACGGUCACGUAUAAAAAAGAGAUGCAUCUAGUUAAUCUUUGUUUGAUUUGAU